AUGUCAGAGAUGUUCAUGCGGUCGCGCUACGAUCCCACAGCAAACACUUCAAAUCUUCUCUCAUCCCGUUUGGAGAAGUUCUUCCGAGAUAAUCGCCAGACUAUUAACUCGUAUGAGAACAAAGUGCGCCUUAAGGACAGACUCCUCUCAACUCUCUCGCCAGUCUUUCCAAGUGAGUUUGGGCUAAACUGGUUCAUUGACGCCAAGCUGUUUAUUGUGGGUUCCUCAGCCAAUGGUUUUGGAUGGGAUCAAAGCGACCUUGAUUUGUGCCUUGUGAUUGCGCCAGAGGAGGUGCGGAGUAAGGGAGGCGACCAGCCGGUGCUGGAGCAACUCACUCCUUUUUUGCGCGGAUGCUGUUUUAUCACGCGUUGUAUGCUGAUCCCUGCAAAAGUGCCAAUUCUUAAGCUUCGUUGCCGCAUAUGGAGUUUUGACUGCGAUUUGAACGUCAACAAUGUGGUGGGCAUUUACAAUACUCACCUCCUUGCCAUGUAUGCUCGAGUCGACCCUCGGGUGCCUCCACUGGGCGUGUUUGUGAAGCACUGGGCUCAAAUGAUGGACAUCCAUGGUGGCAGCAUGGGGAGGCUGUCCACAUAUGCCCUGCUGCUGAUGGUAAUCCAAUACCUGCAGUGUGGAUGCUCGCCUCCUGUUGUACCGAAUCUUCAGGCCCGUUUCCCCAAGAUUUUCGACUGCGCGCGUCCAUUGGAGGAGGUGGAUAUGAAUGCAGAGCUGCCGUGGGACGAGUUGCGCAGUGCCAACAGGUCCACGUUAGGCGAGCUCUUUGCCGGUUUCAUCGUCUACUACACAACCUUUGAUUUUGCCCGUUGGGCCAUCUCGAUUCGCAAUGGGCGGCCCUUGGCCACGAAUGUGGCAAUUCAGCGUCUUCCAUCUAACGAACAAGCCUGCAAGAUCUUUGUUGAAGAACCCUGCGGUAAAGGCAACGUCGCACACACCGUCUCCGAUGAGGCAGUGUUUGGAGCAAUUCAACGAGCCUUCAAGUAUUCGGCCAGCGUCCUACAUAACCUUAAUCUCCAGGAUUCUUUCUGA